AUGGCAUCAGUACGAUCGCCCUCCGCGUCCUUCCUCUCCGCCUUCGUGCCGGUGGUCCGCGCGAGCCUUCUCCCACAAGAACAAUCGAUCCAGCGGAUACCUCUUCUUCAACAACUCCAGCAACUGCGACUGAAGGCUAGCCUACUACCUGCUGCUCUCAUACCGAUACCAUCGUUACUAGGCGAGCUUUGGGAUGGAUUGCUCAAAGCUGUGCCGAAGAAGAAGACAAGUCACAUGAAGACGAGACAUAGGCAGAUGGCAGGCAAAGCAUUGAAGGACGUCACAGCAUUGAACAAAUGCAGCUCGUGUGGCAGGCUGAAGAGGGCGCACGUUCUAUGUCCAUAUUGUGUCCAAAGUAGGUGGAUGCGUAGAUGCUCGUCAAAAACAAGAUCCGAGGACGACGUGCUGACGUGCUUUGACAGGUAUCAGGCAAUGGAUGGGAAACGGCUUCAAGAGCAAGCAGCAGGUGGAGUUAGAAGAGUAUGAUAAGUUCUCACGACUCAACGAGAGUCGAUUAGCAAGAGGACUGAAACCACUUAAAUGGGAAGACCUAUAUGACGACAAGGACAAGAAGGACGAAGCGAAAGCAUAG